UAUAUGUUCAUAGAGAGAAUAAGAAGAAGAAGAAGAAGAAAGUGUGCUUUUUCAGAAACGGCGGUGGCCGCAGCAAGUAAUUAAUAUCGAGAACGACGAUGGCUUCAUCAAGCGGCGGCGGCGGCGUUCCACCUGGAUUCCGGUUCCACCCGACGGACGAAGAGCUUCUUCACUACUACUUGAAGAAGAAGGUGACGUUUCAGAAGUUCGAGAUGGAGGUGAUCAGAGAGGUGGAUUUGAAUAAGAUAGAGCCCUGGGACCUCCAAGAGCGAUGCAGAAUAGGGUCGACACCACAGAAUGAGUGGUACUUCUUUAGCCACAAGGACCGCAAGUACCCAACUGGAUCAAGGACAAAUAGGGCAACAAAUGCAGGUUUCUGGAAGGCAACAGGCAGGGAUAAGUGCAUCCGAAACAGCUUCAAGAAGAUUGGUAUGAGAAAAACCCUCGUUUUCUACAGGGGUAGAGCUCCUCACGGCCAAAAAACUGAUUGGAUCAUGCACGAAUAUCGCCUUGAAGAAGCCGAUGACACCCAAUCCACUAAUUCCAAUGAAGAUGGGUGGGUGAUUUGCAGGGUGUUCAAGAAAAAGAACUUGUUCAAAGCGGCCGGCGGUGAAGGAACAGCCAGCCUGGGCAUGGCAGCCGAUCAGCUCAACAACACACCCAACGCCAAUCAAUCUCGUACCUUCGCCCAUCGAGACGGCCAAUACCUUCUGCGGCAGCAGCCGGCCGCCGCCAACCAGCAAAACUUCCAUCUCUACAAGUCCUCGGAGCUCGCCCUCAAUUACUCGCCUAUUCCCAUGCCUUACGCCCACAUUAAUCAACCCCAAAACCUUCUCCCAGCACUCCACAAGCCGAUGCCCGCCUACGACUACUCCUCGACGAGUCAGCUCAUUUCCAGCCCUAGAGACUGCGAGAGCGGCAGCGUAAACCAUCUCCGGUACGAGGCGGGAUUGGAGGUUGGGACGUGUGAGCCUUCUCAUCAGACCAUGGUGGCUGCAGCAGGAAGAGAUCAUCAUGAUGGGAAUAUGAAUGAGUGGGGGAUGCUUGAUAGGUUUGUGAGUUCUAAUAUUGGUGGGAAUAAUGAAGAUUCAUCCAAGGGGGCUGUGAGGUUUCAGGAUGAGGAUGGGAACACGCCGUCGAUUCAUCAGAUGGAUCAACUCUCGCUGCGUGGAGAGAUGGAUUUCUGGGGCUAUGGGAAAUAGUGGCCUGCAGUGAUCUACCCGGCUGCUACAUUUAUAAACAAACACUGCUAAACAAACAUUGUAAGAUUAUUAAUUAAUUUGCCUGUGUAUUCACUAUUCAUCAUGAAUUAACCAUUUUAUUCAUAUGGAAAAGUCCAUUAAUUUAA